UACGUCACCUGCGUCACUAGUUUACGUAGCGUGGAUUUUAAGCGGAGGAAUUAUUUAUUUAUAAACUGACGCAAAGGCGCUAAAUCUAAAAUAAACCGCUAAUAAAAUGUUAUAACCUAACACGCAUACAAUGGUGAAGCAGCUACACGCAUGAGAGAAAUAAAAUGGCUCCCCGCGUUAAACUGGAUAAAGCCGCGUGGCUGUGGGUGGAAACUGUCAAACCAGAAGACAUAAAGCAGGAGCAUAUAGAGCUAGCAUAUCGAAUCAACAUCCCGGCCUGCAAGAGGGGAAUCUGCAGGAGGAAUUGCAAAGGGAAUCCCAACUGUCUGGUUGGGAUUGGGGAACAGGUGUGGCUUGGAGAGAUUGAUGAAAACACUUUCCAUAAUAUUGAUGAUCCAAAUUCUGAACGCAGAGAAAAGAACAUUUUUGUUGGCCUGACCAACCUUGGUGCAACUUGUUAUGUCAACACAUUCCUGCAAGUGUGGUUCCAUAACCUGGAGCUUCGUAGUAGCCUCUAUCAGUGUCAGAAUUCCCGGGCACAGGAACACAAUGUUGAUUCUGAUUAUGAACCACAGUCCAUAUGUGAGCACUUGCAGUACCUAUUUGCCCUCCUGCAAAAUAGCAACAGAAAGUACAUUGACCCGUCAGGCCUGGUGAAAGCACUGGGUCUGGAUACAGGACAGCAGCAGGAUGCCCAGGAGUUCUCCAAUCUUUUCCUGUCUCUGUUGGAGGAGACUUUGUCCAAGGAGAAGAAUCCCAACUUGCAAAAUCUCAUCCAGCAGCAGUUCUGUGGGCAGUUCUCCUACGUUACCAUGUGUAAUCAGUGUGGAAGAUCCUCUACUUUGCCGUCCAGAUUCUAUGAGCUGGAGCUGAAUAUUCAGGGCCACAAAAACCUCACUGAGUGCAUCACAGAGUUCCUGAAGGAAGAGAAGCUGGAUGGAGAGAACCGCUACUUCUGUGAAAACUGCCAGAGCAAACAGAACGCCACCCGGAGAAUCAGACUUCACAGCCUCCCUCCGACCCUCAACCUGCAGCUCAUGCGCUUUGUCUUUGACAGACAAACGGGUCUAAAGAAGAAGCUCAACACUUUUAUCAAUUUUCCUGAGCAGCUGGACAUGGAACCGUUCUUGGAAAGAAAACUAGACCAGAGUUCUGUCUAUGAGCUGAGUGCGGUGCUGAUCCACCGAGGCAUCAGCGCCUACUCGGGACACUACAUCGCCCACGUCAAGGACGCUCUUACCGGCGACUGGUACAAAUUCAACGAUGAGGAGAUCGAAAAAAUGGAAGGAAAGAAGCUGCAGCUUGGAAUUGAAGAGGACAUCGCUGAAACAGGAAAAACCCAAUCCAGAAAACCCAAAUGCAGUAAAGGCUACCACUGCUCUAGAAACGCUUACAUGCUGGUAUACAAGGUCCAGGAGGAGAAGAGCUCAGAACCUUCCAGGACUAACGUCGAGGUCCCAGCAUUCCUUCAGAAGUUGGUCGACCAAGACAACCAUAAGUUUGAAGAGUGGUGCAUGGAGAUGGCCAACAUGAGAAAGCAGAGUGUGGAUAAGGGCAGGGCCAAGCAUGAAGAGGUGAAGGAGCUCUACGACCUUCUACCUGCAAAAGACGGAGAACCAUUUGAGUUUAUCCCCCUGGAGUGGCUGAAGAAGUGGCUCGAUGACUCCACUGCCACCAAGGAAAUUGACAACUCCAUUUUUCUUUGUUCUCAUGGAAAGCUGCACCCAGACAAGAUGACAGAUAUCAAGAGGGUUUCUCUGCAAGCAGCCAAACUCUUGUACGAACGCUACGGUGGCGGACCAAGACUUGACGGUUGUUCUCUGUGUAGAGACUGCGUCAGCGAGCGGUGCAGGGUGCUGCGGCUAAAAAGACAGCUCGAUGAAGACUACAAAGGGAUUUCUAAUCUAGUAAAGCGCACAUCCAAUGGUGAAGGCUACUGGGUGGGAAAGGCAUCUUUGCGUGGCUGGAGGCAGCUGGCUUUGGAACAGCUGGAAGAAGAUGAGCAUGAAACCAAACACAGCAAUGGCAGGACCAACGGCCAGGGACCGCACGCUAACAAGUUCAGCUCAGACGUCUCCGAAGGGACUGAAGACGAGACGAAGACGUUCAAUGAAGACAUUAUUUGCGGUCAUGGAGGACUGAGUAUUCUGGAGACAGAACGGAAGCUGGUGUCCACUGAAGUUUGGACAAAGCUGAGGGAAUACUUCCCCAAAGCCCCAGAAUUCACCCACCUUCAAGAGCCGUGUCGGCAUUGUCUGACGUUGGAGCAGGAGGAGAAGGACAACGAGGCAGUCAGUAAGAUGAUGGCUCUGGAUCAAAAGAAUCAGCUCCUCAACCUUUUCCACGAAAAGAACCGACCAACUCUCACCAAGUGGCCCCAGGGCACAGAUAGACUUUACAUAGUCCCUCUGUUUUUUGUGGAGGAGUGGAGAAAAUUUAUCAGGAGACCCACAAAAUCCUCUCCAGUGUCUAAUGUGGGGAAUUCGCUGCUUCUCUGUCCGCAUGGCGGCUUCAUGUUCACCUACGACUCCCUGAUCAACGGAGAGGCCGAACAUAUAGCUCUGUUGUGGCCUUACGAAUGGGACGUGAUCAGCAGACUCUUCAUCGUUGACAAGCCCAUAGCGAUCCACUGUGUGAGUCAGAACGCCGCAGACGGCUCUACGGCGCAGUACACCACCGAGCCUGAGCUGUGCUGGGAGUGCAGAGAGAGCUUCCUGUUUCAGCAGCAGAGGGACCUUAGAGAGUACACCCAGGCAACCGUCUACAUCCGCAAAGUCAUCGAAGACAAAAUGGCGGGAAAAGACAGCGCCCCGGAGCUGAAUGCCUGCAGCUCUGAAGCAGAAGAGGAGAGGGAGGAGCUUCCAAAGAUGGAUGGAGAGAAAGAUCCAGACUUCAGUCAGUCACAGGAUGGUGCAAAGCGUAUGAAGAUGAAUGACAGCAGUGCAGCUUCAGUCGCUGCUCCCUCUGUGAUCAACGCGAUCAAACCAGGAGGAAUCAGAAGGAGCACUCGCCACAGGAAACUCAGAGGAGAGAAAGCACUCAUCGUUUCUGCAAAUCAGACACUAAAAGAGCUGAAGAUCCAAAUCAUGCACGCUUUCUCCGUGGCUCCUUUCGACCAGAACCUCUCGAUAGACGGAAAAGGUCUGACAGAUGAUUCGGCCACAUUAGGCAGCCUGGGCGUUAUCCCAGAAUGCAUCAUCUGUUUGAAGGCUGAUGAACCAGUUACAGACUACGCUGCAAUGGAUGACGCCUAUCAGGUGAGAAUGCCUGAGGAGGGGUUUAAAGGUACAGGCCUUCUUGGACACUGAGGAACGCUCUGCUGUAGCCAUAACUAAAUUCCAUGGAAAUUGGAGGAAAAUGCUUGAAUAUGUGAAGUGUCAAUAUAUAAAUAAGUGCUUUAAGUUAGUUUUUUUUUCUAUGUUUUAGCUAGGUUUUCUUUAAUGAAAAUGUGGCUAUGUUGUAAAGAAUCUGUUUUCCUUUGCUUAAGGAUAGUUGGUCUUUUGAUAAAUUUUGAACUUCAUAGUUUGUUCAUGAAAAAGUGUGUGUUCCUACUUGAGGCAGACGAUAGAAAGGGACCUGCUGUUCUCCAACGUUAUACUUUAGUUCAGUUUGACAGUCAUCUGGGAAACGGAUCUUUUCUUUGGGUCGGUGGUGAGGACGGACAUCGUCUUCCCAUUAUUUGGAGGUUUUUGUUCUUUAUUGUUCUAUUUACAGAAUUCAUAAAUCAGAACACGAGUGAUUAUUACUGCUCUGAGACGUUCAAACAUUUAACGGCCCGACGUCACAAUAUCCAAUCAGUAUCAAACACAUUAUCAGUCGGAAAAAAACUGAAAGUUUUGUAGAAGCUGAUUUUUUUUUUUGUUUUUUACUUUAAACAGUAAAAAUAUGAUUACAUGUCCAGUUCUUUUCACAGUUGUUUUCUUAUGAACAAUAAAGCUAUUUUCAACAGCUGUCUUCUUUCA